AUCUGCUUGUCUGAAAUACUUCGUGCAAUUUGUUUUGCGAAAGCAGAUUGCUGGACUCUGCUUUUAUUUAUUUAUUUCUAGAAAGUCUUGUAUGUGGAUGACAUUUGUGUCGGAUUUGCAGUAGCAAAUGUCUGAUGUACAUUGCAUGGGAUAGAGAGGAAAAAGAUGUUUGAAAAUGACUUGCAUGUUAUAAAUGGCUGCAUGGAAAUGGGUGCUCUAGCUAUGUUACUCAGAUUCGGGUGUGAGUGUCGAAUAUAGGUAUAGUUACACUUUUUCAAGUUUUUCCAUGUAGGAUCUUUGGACAUCUCAUUCUCAUUUCAUGUCUUGGACACAAGUGUUAGACACGGGUACUUCAAGAAAAAUUAAAGACUCAGAGCAAUAUAGCUCUAGAAUUAGAUAUUGGUAAGUUGAAAUUCUAGUUUAGCUUGCACUAAUGAUGGGAUAAUAUUACUGUGUGAUACAAGUUCUUAUUUCUUAGAACUUUGUGGAAGAGAUGUCAAGUGAUACAUUGGUACGGCCAUUGUUCACCAGUUGUUGCCUGAUGAAUUUUUUUACUUUGAAAGCUUCAAAGCUCAUGAGUAUUGCUUGUAUGUCUUCAGUAGGAAAAUUUUACGGGAGUCAUCUGGAACAUUAUUUAUUUCCUCAAUGGCAAUGACAUGUUAUCGACUUCACGAUCAAUUUUACUUGCAGACCGUGGGCAUUCUGGUUCUGGUUCUAGACAAACAUUUGUUACAAAGGUGCCCCUUCUAUCUCUUGAUUGGCCGUGAACAAUAUCUUGUGUUCCUCCCGCUUACAGAGCCACUAAAACUUCAUACGCCAUUUCCAGUGGUGGUCAAUUGGGCCAUUCUUCUCAUCCUUCUGGACAGCGACCAGAUUUACAAACAAUGGAGCGGUAAAAAAGCAAACCAAAUAUCAAAGACGACCGAAUGGUACCUCAGCAGUUCAUUUCAUUUCCUUUUUAAUGGAAUCAGCAGUUCGGUUCAUCGGUUUUUAAUUUUACAUAUAAUGAAUUAAAUAUUCAUUUUCUAUCAUGACGUUUACGAAUAGAGCAAACUAAGUUGGAAGUGUCA